AUGUCAGACAAGACGACAUCGUCGGUUGGUCCAAGAAGUUUCGAGACUAUCUCUGAGGAGGAUGGCGAGUCGCCGUGGGAGAAACUAUUAGGAGACGUGAAGGACGCUGUUCCUACUAUAAUAAAAACCAACGCGUCGAGCGCAACGAUUUCGAGAAGUGGCGACGAAGCUGUCGUUACUCCAGUCGUCGAUCUCGAAGCUAAUAAAUUAAAACGAUCAAAGAGUCUCAAUCAACGAAGAAACAGCAGUGGUCUUCUUAGCUCAAUUCCUCGGCAACUACGGCUUUCUCUUCGAGGUGUUCGUAGUGAACCUUCCAGUGUCAAAGACAUUCCAACUACCAGAAAUGAUAGUGCCCUCAACCUUCUUAUGAGAUACCGCAACGCCCGUUAUGCAGCGAGACGUGUUCGCAAGCGCGUCAUCUUCAAACACGGGGAUUGUAACGUCGUUCAAUGGAACGUGGCGAAGCGCAGGCGCCGAUACCUCCAGGACAUCUUCACGACCCUCGUGGACGCGCAGUGGCGUUGGACGCUACUCGUAUUCGCUCUCUCUUUCAUUCUCUCGUGGCUCCUCUUUGCCCUUAUUUGGUGGCUAAUCAUUUUCACCCACGGCGACCUUACCCCGCCCACCAAUAGCUCCGAAGUAUUCGUUCCUUGCCUAAAUAAUGUCAAUUCUUUCACUGGCUGCUUCCUCUUCUCAGUAGAAACACAACAUACUAUUGGAUACGGUUCACGAACGACGAAUGAGGAAUGCCCAGAAGCAAUUUUUGUCAUGUGCUUACAGAGUAUUGUCGGUGUAUUCAUUCAGGCUUUCAUGGUGGGAAUUGUGUUCGCUAAACUGUCUAGACCAAAAAAGCGAGCCCAGACCCUGCUUUACUCCCGGAACGCCGUAAUUUGCCUACGAGACGGUCAACUGUGUCUCAUGUUUCGAGUCGGUGAUAUGAGAAAAUCUCACAUUGUCGAAGCGCAUAUAAGAGCACAAAUAAUCCGCCGCAAGGUCACAAGGGAGGGGGAGACGCUGCCAUUCUACCAACAGGAGUUAAAGGUUGGGGCUGACGGGGAGGAAGAUAGGCUAAUGUUCAUCUGGCCUAUGACCAUAGUGCACAAGAUCAAUGAGAAGUCGCCUCUGUAUAACCUUUCCGCUUCGGAUAUGUUGAGGGAGCGAUUCGAAAUUGUAGUCAUGUUAGAGGGAGUCAUAGAGUCCACGGGUAUGACGACGCAGGCCAGAAGCAGCUACUUACCAUCGGAGAUUCAGUGGGGACAUCGAUUUGAAACUAUGGUAUCAUUCCGAAAAGACACGGGAGAGUAUGAGGUCGAUUACACGAGGUUCAACAAUACAUACGAAGUAGACACACCAUUGUGUUCGGCAAAGCAACUUGACGAGCUCCGAGCCACGGUCUCUACUUCGCAGAAGUUAGAUCGAAUGCUAGGCACGAUACCGAAGACCUUCUCAAACGACACGCUGGACAUGAGCUCAGUGGACUCGAUGUCGCUGGACGAACACAUCGAGAUCAAGAUACCGGAGGCCAGGGUUAGAGAGAACAGGCUGAUGGCUCAGAACAACUUCGUGCAGCACGUCAACGAGAAAACGCGCUGCAGUCACACGCACCUGGCCGUAGAGAACGGACUCGAUGGUCUCGGCAAACACAACACUAUAGAUGUCAAGGAACACCACAUGCAUAGAAGCCACAGUCAUGCCAACAUGAAGAGGGUCCACGGUUUGACUCCAAACGGUAUCAACCACAUCAAUGGCCACGAUCAUAAAAUUGAACUUAAUAAAAUCAAAAAAUCCCCGAGCGAUAACAACAUAGCAGACCAGAUUCCAGUGAUCCCUAUCCUCGUGACGUCACCGGACACAGAAGCUUGACUGACAAUUGAGGCGUGUUGAAGUAGACGAUUAUGGUAACAGAUAAAAAAUUAAACAAAAUUUGUAUACUUAAAAAAAAACUUAAAAAUGUAAUUCUGGAAAUAUUUAUACACUUGUUGUUCAGUAACCAUAAUGUUAUAAUUGCUGUAUCCCCGCUGAAAAUUCCAAAUGAAAAACGAUGAUUAAAUAGGAAGUUAUUUUAAACUGUUGUGUGUUGGAAUCCAGAUAGAUCUAUCUGGAUCUAGAUAACUCAGAUAAAAACAGACAAACGAUAGUUUACAGUAAGUUCCCAUACUAUUGUAUCGUUUUUUAUUUGGAACUUCCAGCAGAGAUGGUAGACGUAUUUAAUAGUGACAAAGCAGUUUACUGGUCUUUUCUAUCUAACUGGAUUUUAAUUUUAUAUCGAUGAAUAAAUAUAGAUUAGGCGUUUAUAUUGUUUAUUGUAUGUUAUUGAAUUUAUAAAGGCUAUUUUGAAACAAACAUAAUUUAACCUUUUGUAUAGGUAAAAAAAAUGUCCAGUUUAUAUGGAUUUUAAUGAGCUACUAAAUAAAACUUACUAUAUAAUAAGAUGAAUCAAGAGUCUAUGAGUUAAGCAACAAAUAAAAAAAAAAGUAGGAAAAAUUAAGUGCCAACAUCUAUUACAUAGAGAAACAUUGUGAUAUGUGAAAGUAUUAAUAUCAAUACUAUAAAUUAUUUAUGAUAGCGCUAGAAAAUUUAUUUUUAACGGACACCGACCAACCUUGGUGCCACUAAAUUAAAAAAAAAAAAAAACAAAUAUAAAUACUCACUCUGUAGAAACUAAAGUGACAAUCGAAUGAUGUAAAAAUGGUUCUUUUUUAUUUUAAACGUCUUUUAAACCAUAAAUAUAUAAUCUUUAAUAAUUUCCUAGACAUCUUUUUGCUUUAUAUAAUUCGUCCAAUAUUAGACCAAAGAUUAUAAUCAAGAUAAAUUACCUUCAAAUUUUAAGAAAGUUUGGCAACGUUUUGGCUGCAUGAUGUUUGGCAAUAGUUUAUAACAACGCCAGUAUCUAAUACAGAAAUUACUUACAGGCGAUGCUUUCACUCAUCUUCACUAUUAAUAAAAGCAAAUAGUUUCUUAUGAAUAUUAUUAUAUAUACAAAACAACAGGCAACGUUACAUGUUCCGGAAAGAGUUGCGUUUCUACUAAUCUGGCUGUAAGCCAAAGCUAUUAAAAAUACAACGAGAAAAAAAAUUAGAAAACAUUAACUUGUAGUAGCGAAUUAUUCCUAUUAUGAGUUUCAUUUACUAUGAAUCAUCGUCACUUCCUUGUGCGUAGCAAAUUUUUUUGUAGGUAUUUUUACAGGUCCUUUGUUUAUAAUGUCCAGUUAUAUUCCUACAGAAUAACUUGUAACUUAUUGUAUGUCUCUUGAAUUCUUUGUAAAUUAUUGUAUUAAAAAAAAAUAGGAAAUAUUAUCACAAAAAAAUAAAAUAAAAUUACUUCUGCUGAAUAUUGGAACCAAGUAAAUUUCUUUCAAACCUAGCCUUUUGAAAGUCAUAUAAUAGACCCUUAAAUAUAUAUUUUAAGUUCGUAGCUAUUUAAAAAAUAAAUAGAAAUGACUUUUGAAACUAACCUCUUGUUUCGAGGUUAUAUAAUAUAAAUUAAUUAUCUUUAAUAAACAAUAAAAAAAACUUUUAAUAUUGAAUGCGAAUUCUUAUUAUUCAUACUUCAAAAUUUCAAAAACGAGUUUAAAUAUUGUUCUCUUGGCUCUUUAUCAUAUAUUUUUUUUAAACCUACGAUGAUAAUAUUUAAUUAAAAUAAAGUGUAUUCGAAUUGAUAUUGGCUUCAAGAACAAUUAUUUUUAUAUCAUUUAACUUGUCACCUGAUUAGCUAUGAUGUCAUUAGCUAUAAUGAAAUGAUAUAAGCGAUGUUCAAAUUAAAUGUUUUGAAAAUAACAACAUAUUUUAAUAGUUUAUUUCUGAAUAUUUUCUGAUUUUUUACAAAUAACCUCCUCAAGGCAAAAGUAAAGUUCUUACAAUUAUUCUCGUCGCCUCGUCUACUUCAACAGAGCUAUUAAUUACAGGGUUGUACUUGACAAACUAUUUCUAGAUCAUAUUAGUGAAAUUGGAAACAUGUACUUCAGUAGCCCUAUCAUCUUAUUACUGCAGUCAUGUUUUCUCUAAGUGUAUAAGGAUUAAAAACAAUUUGUGUUAAUAUUUUUUUUUCUAUCAACAGUCAAACAGAUAGAAAAUUUUCCAUUUUAUAGUUCAAAGUCGCAUUAAGGCCGAAUUGAAUGACCGUGAAUAUAUCGAAUUUCCUGUACAAAUGCGGCCCCUGUUACAUUAUUAACCAUGUAAAAUAUUAUAUAAUUCUGUCGUACCGGCUUUUAAUCUAUUGAUUGAUAUAACUACAAUUUAAAAUUAAUUUAAUUCGAUAUAUUUUGAAUGUAAACAAUCGAAUGUACAAAUAUAUAUUUAUAGUCUACGCUUGAUUUUAAUGCCAUUUAAUAAAAGUAUUGAAAAAAAUUCGCGUUCCUUUAUCAUAGUCAUGUUAAGCACUUAUUUAUGAAUAGUUAAUAAUAAUUAGGCGAUUUUUUUAUAUAUAUAUCAAUAUACUUUUAUCAUUUUUUCUUAACUAAUUUACUAGUGUUAGUUUAACUAAUGCUAUAGACGAAGUGUAUCUAAAUUUAAUAACUUCAAUGGAUAAGUUUUUAUUAUACAUUGUAGUGUUACGAUUACUAUUUACUCAAUUGAAUUAUUUUAAAAUUUAUUGUCUGUAUACCAUACCAUAAUCAGAUGCUGUUUAAUAAAAAAAAAAUCGAUGUAUUUAAAACGGCUGUAAUAGAAAUAUUUUUUUAAACUGUUAUUAGAAAUCAGGGGCCUGAAACGGCGCUGGCGCCGCCAAGUAUACAUUAUAUGUGUAUAAAAGCUUUUUAUCUCGCUCAUAAAUUAUGUACAUUAGAUAUAAAAUAAAAUAUGGUCCAUAUACAUUU